AUGUCGCAGCAGUGUUGGUUUUGCAAAGGCGAGAAUGGUGUCGUUCCUCCGCAGGAGGUCGGCACAGACACUAGCCCGGGGGAUGAUCACAUUGUGGAGGCAGAAUCGGUUCAAACCUCACAGCUGCUUGCCGAUCCUGUGGUCAUUGACGAUGUCGAGUAUUUCUUCGUCAGUGGAGGUGAGGAGGAGGAUGAGACCGUCACGAAAGAGGUGCUGGAGAGGGUGAACAUGGUCACCAGGGCCCAUCAAGGACUUUACAAGGCGCCGGAGGGAGUUCCCGACACGGAGCAGGGGGUGGGGGCGCUGACUGGAGCGUUGACUUCUUUCCCGACGGAGCAGGAGUGGCAGGUGGUCGGCAAGACGAAAACCGAUGACGACCGAGAGCAGUUCCUGGUAAGUGUUCGAGAAGCCGUCGCGCAGCACACUGGCGAGCUGGCGGAGGAUGCCCUGUCGGUAACUACCCGGCUCAAUGGCAGAUAUACCUCGGUUCGAAUUCGACAGCAAGUCUGGUGUGUCGAGCAGAUCUCCAGGGUCCUCGAUGCUCUGAAAGGGCUGCCAGAGGUGCGUGGUCAUGUGCUUCUGAGCGCCGUAGCUCGAGAUUUUCUCAUCGAAGCCAUCGCGUUGAUGAGUGAAAGAAGCGGAAAGCUCUCGGGGCUGUGGCGGGAGCUGGAAGAGAACAUGGCGACCUUGCGGCUCUCCUCGCCAGAGAAGGAAUACAGCUUUGAAGAGGAUCCGGAGUGGGUGUCCGUCAUUUGCGUCUGCCAGGAGCAUGGACAAGCCGAGAUGGCUGGCGGUCAUAUCAUACUUGGUGCUGCAUCAGGCGAGGGACAGGGCGGAAUCGGACGGCAGGGGGAAAAUGGCGAGAACAUAGCAAUAGAAGUUGAUCUGCCCACUGAAACCGAGGUCCAGAUUCUACAAAACCAAUGUGAGGGCCAGGAGAAAGAGGUGGGCAACUGGUUCUCGCUCGGCGGCUGCAUAGGACUCUGCUCGCGGCAAAGAGACAUCGAGCAGUCCAACAACGAGUGCGGAAAGCCUUGCUUCGGCGCAAAGAUUGAGACGGCCAGAAAUCCCGGCUGUUUGCCUACGGAGUGCGCCAUGCAUCCCACUGAUUGCGUUUGGGCACAGUGGUCUGAAUGGACAAGAGAAUACGACACCAAGGUCGGUCAGAGCACAAGGCAUAGACGUAUUCGGCACGAAGCCAAGUUCGGCGGAAGGCCUUGCGAGGGCUACUGGAACCAGACGCGGCCCUUCGAGUCGCCUCAGACCUCCGAUUGUAUCUUCUCCCAGUGGAGCGAGUGGACACCGUGCACAGCGACCUGUGGCGGCGGCACGCGCUCCCAGCACCGAAGAGUGGCGCAGCAUGCCUCACCUGGUGGCAGCCCGUGCACAGGGCCGCUCCGAACCACCGAGCCAUGCUCCAAGUUUGCCUGUGGUCAGGGAAAGCCGCCAGUCCUGGGAUCCUGGAACGAGUGGCGAGGUUGCGACGACCAGUUUCCACUCCAGCGCUUCCGCAAUCGCGUCGUCCUGCAGCCAGCUGAGGGAGACUUCAGGCUAGAUGCCACCGCUUUGGCUGAGACGGAUGCCUGCGAAAACGUCAAGAAGCCGUCGUGCAUACUGAGCCAGUGGAGUCUCUGGACACCCUGCAGUGGAAGUUGCGGAGGUCAGCAGAGCCGUAGUCGAGAUAUCGACUACUCAGGCUCCGAUGCCGACUGCAAGCUGCAGUGGCUGGGGUACGACCGCAGCGUGUUCAUGAAGGAAACGCAGGCAUGCGGAAAGCAGCACUGCGUCAUGACCUCGCAGUCGGAGCUCUCGCAGUGGUCCGAGUGGAGCUUGUGCUCCAGGAAGUGCGGCCUCGGCACGACGUCGCGCUCCAGGAAGAUCCUUCGCGAGGGCUCGGGUGGCCUCGGCAUGGGCAUGUCGCUUCAGGAGGUCAAGGGCUGCGUCACCAGCCAUUGCGGUGAGGUUGACUGCAGGUGGGCAGAGUGGGACCAGUGGAGCGCCUGCAGCUGCACCUGUGGCGGUGGUACCAAGCGCCGAAGCCGGGUCAUCGGACAGGCGCCUCGCCACGGAGGUGUGCUCUGCGAGGCGUUGGACAAGUCCGAGGUCGCGGCUUGCAACACGCAAGCUUGUGGGCAGUGCGUGGAUGGCUUGUGGGGCGCUUGGGGCCAAUGGUCAAAGUGCUCGGCUACCUGUGGCGGCGCUUUUCGGGUGAGGCAUCGUGACGUCAUGCAGCGGCCGAACACUUGCGGGAAGCCUGCCAUAGGCCUUGAGGACGAGUACCACAUGUGCAACGAUGUCAUCUCCUGUACUCCGAGCGAGGAUUGCGAGCUAGCGGAGUGGGCUGAAUGGUCUGCUUGCAGCUGCGACUGUUUUGGCGUGAAGGAAAGACAUCGGCGGAUCCUCAGGUUUGCAAAGGGCGAUGGCAAGUCCUGCGGCAGCGUCGCUUCAGAGGAAGCCGCUCGUUGGGUGCCUCGAGAGGACGAGAUGAUGGGCUACACCGCCCGCCGCCUGGUGACUGUGGACGGAUUCGCGUCUCUCGAGGAGAUCUCCGCGUGCAAUCCGGUCUCAGGCGAGGUACCCGCUCCGCACUGCGGACCGCUGCCGAAGCGGCCCUGUGACUUCUCCCCGUGGGGUGAGUGGGGCGAGUGCAGCGCGACGUGCGAUGGCGGAAUGCAGGAGCGUGCCAGACACAUCCGUACCCCAAACUCCCACGAUGGCUCCCCUUGCGACGGUCCACUGGCGCAGAUUCAAGGAUGUGGCUUUGUCGACUGCGUCCAGCGUGUCUGCAAAGACUGUGAGUGGGGCCCAUGGUCGGACUGGGGCGACUGCUCCAAGUGUGGCGGCCAGCGGUAUCGACAACGUGCGGUACUCAAGAUGCCAAACGAGUGCGGUAAGCUCUGCGACCCGCGAGUCGCCAAGGAGGUCGGGAAAUGCACCAGCCACUGCGAGGAGGAUGGCUUCUGCAGUUGGGGCUCUUGGUCGUCCUUGGCGGCCUGCAGCGCGACCUGUGGCACGGCAACGAUGAUGCGACAGCGCUCGCUCGUAUUCCUGAACGAGGAGCCGCCUGCGAAGAGCGAGCUCGUGGGCGUCGGGAAGUGCUGGAAUGACCAGAAGCUCCGCUACAAGGCCUACCGCAUCAAGACCAUGUCCACAGAGGCCCAGUGCACCGACAUCCUGUCAAGAUCGAAAGAGCGUCACAACAUCCGUGGCGUACAGUACGGCGAAGCGAUGCACAUUUGUGACAUCCUCGUCGAUGAGCACGCGGAGCUUGACAUGCAGGCCUUUGCCAUGCCCAUGGAGUUGCUGAAGAACCCCUACCAUGACCAGCACGCCACAGGUCCCGUCGAGAGCUCCAACAGAGCCAUGGGCUGGAGGUGUUGGAGCAGGAACUCCGGCACCUUCUUCAUGGCCCAGAAGACGCUUCCCUGCUCCGGCCAGCAGGUGGAUGUCCUUGAAUGCCCUUUCAAGAGCUGUGAGACCUGCGAGCCGGAAGACUGCGUCUUCGGGAAGUGGUCCGAGUGGGGUGCCGCCAGCUGCACGCAGCUGUGCGAGAGGCAUCGCGUGAUCUCGACGAUGAAUAAAUGUGGUGGCCUGGCCUGCGACGGACCUUUGGUCAUGACGAAGCAUUGCCACAAGGACUGUGAGAGGCCGGAGUGUUGUUCCUUCGCCGCCUGGACGGAAUGGGACGAGGCGAGCUGCACAGGCGAUGGCGGACAAAAACGGCGGGAGCGAGUCAUCGCACAGGUUGCUGUCAAUGGAGGUCAGCCCUGCACGGGGCCUACUGAGGAGACAACAGCAUGCUACGGGCCAUCGAAGGACGUCGACUGCGAGAUGGGUAUGUGGGAGGAAUGGUCAGGUUGCAGCACGACCUGUGGCCGAGGACUCCAUAGACGUGAGCGUCGCAUCCUGCAGCACAAACGAGGUGUCGGUGUUCCAUGCCAUGGAGCACUGGCUGAGCUGGAAGAUUGCGAGGCAGUGACGCCCUGUGGCAGCUAUGGCGACCGCAACUGUGAGCUCGAGCAGUGGAGCUCGUGGGGGCCUGCGAACGCGCAAGGUCUUUGCUUCCGAAAGCGGCGCAUUGCCACACAGGCAUCAGGCUCAGGCCUCGCCUGCACUGGCGAGCUCGAGGAUGUCAAGCUUUGCCAGGGUGUCACGGAUUGCCAGAUCACCACAUGGAGCUCUUGGAGCUCCUGCGAUCGCCCCUGCGAUGGUGGCCAGCAGAUGCGUGGACGGCACAUCACGCGGAAUCCUCGCAACGGUGGCCAGGCCUGUCCUCCCGAGCUCGAAGAGAUCCGGGGCUGCAACGAGGAGCCCUGCGAUGCCAAGUCCUGUGAGGUGAGCGAAUGGAGGGAAUGGACUUCUUGCAGCACCACCUGUGGCCGAGGAACGCAAAAGCGCACCCGCUACAUCACACAGAUGCCAUCUGAAGGGGGAUCCGGCUGCCGAAACACCCUUGCCGAGCAACGCGAAUGCGUCACUGACGAGUACGGCGGCGUGCAUGGUCGAGGCGAAUGCCCAGGGCCCACAGAUUGCCGGUGGUCAGACUGGUCAUCCUGGAGCGGUUGCACCUGCGAGUGCGAUGGCGGGCAGCGAACCCGCGACAGGACGAUCGCUGUGAUGCCUUCACCAGGAGGCACGGCAUGCAAAGCCGUGGACAAGGAGGAGAUUGAGCCAUGCAACACGCAGCCUUGCUCCACCGGCGACUGCAUCGAUGCAUUGUGGAGCGAGUGGACUUCCUGGGAGGACUGCACGAAGAGCUGCGACGGCGGCAUCACUUGGCGCUCACGAAAGCUCCGCCGCCAGGCCAAUGAGUGCGGCAAGCCACCAAUUGGCAUGUCUAUGGAGCAUGCUUCCUGCAACGCCCAUGUCUCUUGUGGGCCGAACGUCGACUGUGUCUUCGGCCAGUGGCAGCCCUGGAGUGGCUGCACCACUCCUUGUUCCGGCAUCAAGAGGCGUGCGCGGGUCAUCGCCGUACAUGGCAAGGAGAACGGCAAAUGGUGCGAGGGUGCGUUGAAGCAAACUUCCCCAUGCAACGACGACCCGAGUUGCGGCGGUGGGGUCCCGGUGGACUGCCAGGUCAGCCUGUGGCAGCAGUGGGGCGUCUGUUCGGUUACCUGCGGCAUCGGACAGCGGAUCCGACAGAGGAAUCUUCAGAACAACCCACACAACGCCGGCAAGCACUGUGAUAGAUCGCUGGUGGUGACAAAGGCGUGUUCGCUCCAGCCAUGUCCCACUUGCACCAGAGUGGAUUGCCUAUGGAGUGAGUGGGAAAUGUGGGGUGCCUGCGAUAAGUGUGGCGGCCAGCGAAAACGCUACCGCCAUGUCAAGGUGCAUGCCGAUUGCGGCGGGAUGGUCUGCGAACAGAAGUUCGCCGAGGAGAUUGCGGCAUGCCCUCGCGCAUGCCACACGCCUUCCUUUUGUUCCUGGGAGGAUUGGCAAAGCUGGGGCGAAUGCAGCACAAGCUGCGGGGACCACGGAGUGCGCACGCGCGUGCGCUACCUGAAGUCUCAUUCUCAUCCGACGGAUGGCUACCAAGUCAACCAGGUGGAUUUGAAUUCCAUGCAAGGUCUAGAUGCUCUGGAGCAGAAGUUCCACGAACUUCGGCACCGAGCCAAGAACGUGGAGCAGCAUCGCUUGGCCGAACUGGGCGCCGCCUUCGGCCUCGGGUCGCUAAGCUUCAUGGCCGUGAUGGCCAUGGGCCAACGACUUUCCAGAGGACAGGAAGACGAGAGGCCACUUAGCCUCUACGCUCCCAGCAACCAUCGCUACGAGCCGGCGCCAUCAGAUGAGCCGCUGUAG